UUCCCAACACUGCACGGGAAUAGCUCACAGGUGAUGUGGCACCAUCAUAGCAGGUUGAUGCACCCUAAGUGAGGCUCUACAUAUUUGAUCACUGCAGUGGUGAGGAGGAGAGGAGCAAGGAAACUGACAGAAUAUAAUCCAGACCAAGAAAUGAAUGAUGAGGAGGAAUUCAAUGAUGAAAAGGAGCUGAGGCUGCUGUCAGAUUUAAGCCAAAGAAUGGGAAUUUCUCCCCAAAUGAGAAUCAUGUUAGGCUUUUAGCUGAAAAUGUCAUCAGGAAGGACCACAGGAUGUACAAAAUGAGCUGUACCCUGGACUGUUGACAUCAAAUCCUGCUUUAAUCAGUUCCCAACUGAUUAUCUGAGUAAAUGGCCCAUGAAUCCUCAUCGCAAAUGCUCUCAGUGCAAUGAGACCCUGUAACAGGAAGUUCAGACAACAACAGCACAUUCAUGUAUGCCCACAACACUUCGAGACAUGUUGUGAACACGUUGCCAAGACUCGCCACGACGUUCUUUUCUCGCCCUUAAAAGAAGACAUGCAGGCAGUCAUGAUGCCAGAGAGCGAUAGAUCUCAACACACUUGCAUACCUCGAAUCAUAAGGUGUGUCUCUGUCAUUUUCUUCAUCAUGUUUAUUGUUCAGGCGAUAGUUGGAUGCGUGUACAUUUAUGACUGUCCAAGGGCGCCCUCCAUUCCUGUCUUUAUGGUUAUUUGUGGAUUCAUACCUGUCUUCUGGGGACUGAGCCAUUGCAAGAGCAGGUGCAGUAUUUUCUGCAACUGUCUGUUCCUCAUCUUCUGUUUUGCCUGGUUUAUCUUCGGUAGUUUUCUCAUCUACUCCAAUUAUGAACUCGACUACGGCAUGAACACUACAGACAGCAAUCGUUACUGCAACAAGACACUCUAUCUGUUUGGAUUGUGUUGCAUCACCCUGACCUACAUCCUCAUAGGUGUUCUUGUUUUCACAUUUUUUUUUGCUCGCUGCACCAACCAGAUGGAGGUUUACGAUGAUGAGGCUCGGCCACUGCUGUGGCGCUAAUCAUAUGAAUGCAUAUAUGUUUGUGUGUUCCCCACCUCCUCUUAGCCAAGUGGACCAAUACUGAUGAAACAGAUUAGAAUGGUGUCACAAUAAAAAAUGUCAUAUCAAAUAUAUCACACUGUAAUGGACAUAUACUACUACUAAUAAUAAUGACGCUGACUGAAAUAUAAUUAUAAGCAAACAACAGACUAAAUAUUAUAUUAAUAUUUUAAUGUGUGCUUUAUGUAUAUACAGAACUUCAUACAUUUAAUGUUGGUUAAUACAGCAACAUGUAGUUGUUGAUCUUUUGUUAGAGAAAUCUUACAAUUAACAAUUCAUGUUUAAUCUUUUAUCAUAAUUUAUUAAACUCCAUGUACUUUGAAGCUUUAUGAAUACAAACAAAGAUGUUUAUUAUGUAAAUCAUAUGUAGUUCAAUAAGGAGAGAUCAUUAUUACAUUCAUCUGGAAGAAGUGAACAUGAUUUAUUGAGACACAGAAUUCAGUUAAGACACUGAUGACCCAUCACAGCAGAGUAAAUGAUCAUGAUCUUUCCUGUUUAACAAACGUAUAUGAAAUGUGUGAUUUUGUUUAUUUGCCAAUAUCCAUGCUGUUUCUUUUUUGUUUAAUUGUAAACAAACUAAAUAAAUAAAUAAAAGGCUGC